AUGGCAGCUAAGGUGAUGAGCAAUGAGAUAGAGUUGGAAAGGUUGUUUGCAGCUUCAGCUUCCAAUUCGAAUGACAAUCUUUACGAGCUAGUGCAGGACAAGUCAUCUAGACUUGCCAUGCGCUGCAACCUCUUUGAAAUAGCCGACGGCUGCAAGCAAGAGCCUCUAUCUGUCUGUCCCGUCAGCGAGAGUGUGGAGGCGUCGAAGAACGAGCUGUCUGAGCCUCUUAACAUUCCUCAUCAUCACACCAGGACAAGCCUGUGCAGGUCCAACUCCAUGACAGAGCUGGACCGGCAUGGCAGGGGAGAUGCGCUAGAGGACAGCCAACUGCUGGAGAUUGAUGGAGAAUUUGUGCUUCGGCCUCUCCCCGAGAGACCCGGAAGCCUGCAGUCGAACCCCUACAUCGGCACCUUCCAUCAUGGUCACCAGGCCAACCGACUGCCGAGGAGCAGCAUCAGCUCCGAGGGAUCUUCUGACUCUUUUCUUAACUGCUCCAGCUGCUCGUGCAUCCUGUCCCGGUCCGAAUCCUGCUGUUCCGACAGAAAGUGCGCCAACUUAAACAGAGCAGCGCGAGCCGCGUCAUCAGCUAUCGCCAAGUCGGCUUGCUGCUCCAUCCCGCAAAGAAACUUCUUCCUCCCUUCGUCGUCAGCGGAGGUUGAGAACGAAAAGUGGUCUCCUCCUCGACGUUGCUCGCCGGAAGAAAAACGUCUGGAUGUGAAGAUUGUGGACACAAAAGACCACAAGACCUUGAUGAAACAAGCGUUGAAGCUGCAGGAAGACAUUCCUGCUUCAGCCGAACUGUGUGGCUUGCAGGCCUUGCUACCAAAGCAAGCAGGAGUGAGAGUCUUGCAGCUGAUAGGAGAAGGAAGCUUCGGGAAGUGCGUGAAGGUUGUCAACAAGAGGAACUGUCAGAGUUGGAAUGUGACGGAGAAGAGGAGGCACCUGUUCUCUUUCCCUCAAGAAGGCGAGCAGCUGGCGAUUAAGUGUGUCUACAGAGAUCCCGGCACAGCAAGUGGCAGUGACUCAAUUGACCGUGAGAUACGUGUGCAUGGCAAGUGCGAUCACCCCAACAUUGUAAAGCUCUACGGUUACUACGAGCUGGGCGCGACUGUUGCGCUCAUCUUGGGGUUUGUGGAAGGAUCAGAGCUGCAUGAUGUUCUUCAGAUCAGCAGGCGAUUGGAGGAAGAAGUUUGCGCGAGCAUCUUCCUACAGAUCCUCAGAGCCGUCGAUCACAUGCAUUCCAUGUCGAUCAUUCACCGCGACAUCAAGCCGAGAAACGUCUUGCUCGCUACCAGUGGACGCGCCUACGUCAUCGACUUGGGCUUAGCAGUCGACUUGUCAGAUCAGUCGGAUACUGCUGUUGCUCACGAGCAGACCGCAGCGGGCACCAUCGGGUAUCUUCCUCCGGAAGUACUGCAGGAGGAGGAGGAGGCGAUCAACUUUGCUAUGGACAUCUGGGCGCUUGGCAUAACUCUCUACGAGAUGAUGUUCGGCUUCUCUCCCUUCCUCCCUCACGAGGUCGCGCUGCCCGCAGCCGUUGAGUUCCCGGACCCCUCCUGGGGAAUGGUUGCUUCCUCCGACAUGCGCGAGCUCAUCAUGCAGUUGCUCGAGAAGAAUCCUCGCAAAAGGAUCAGAUCGGCUGAUGCGCUCCUUCACCGGUGGUUCACUGCAGAGCGAGUGACAGCAGUCGACAAGCUCGUGGGACCAGCUCAGUCGCAAGGAGCAGCAGCGGAAGGGGUAGGAAGAGAGGACGCGAUGAGUCAGUUGGACGAGGAGAUGCAGUUCGACUUGGAGCUCAACGAGGACUUGAGCAUGGAGCUGGACAUGCGCAAUCGAGAGGACCUGGAGCUAGGGAACCAGUACUUCUACCAGUACUACUUGGCGACAGGUAGGAAGACGUGGUUGAGGGAGGACGGCAAGACUACUUCGAGUGAUGCUCCGUCCAGCUCGCCGAGCGAGCUCAAGCAUAGCUGGACUUUGUGA